GAUCAGCGUCUGGGACGUUAAAUAGCUCACGUUUGUAGCUCUUAAUCUCUCUCUUCUUUACAUACAAAUUCACUUCAACUCAAUUGACGAAUCUCUCAAUAACCUCAUACUUUAUUAACGAUGGCGGCAGGUGACUCAACCGUUGGGGUACCCGUUAUGGAUACGUCUCACGUUCUUAAUGUUAUGAAAUACAAGAAGUCACUGUCGAAAGCAGAGACUAUGGCUUGUGUCUCUCUCUCUGGUACGGAGACCAAGGCACUCUUCGGGGAAAAUGAUGACAGCACUGAAUCUCUGGCCUCUCUACGCCAAAAACUGUUUGACAAGAAAGUCUUGAGUGCAAAGAGAGCCGGAUACCCUUUCUGCACAGAGAGUGGUGGUUCAGUCGGUGACAGCACAAUGAUCAAAGAUUACCUCCUCAUGCUCGAUCGUUCGCUCGAGUCGAAGAAUAAGGCGCGGACUAUAUACAUCCUGUCAGAGCGUUCCACAAUAGACGAGACGACCACGGCAUUUCUCGCCCAAAAUCAUGACCUUGAUCUGAAGGCAAAUCGGCCGGACCUACUCAAGUCUGGUACCACUGAUCUUAGUAGUGCAUAUUCGAAAGAUGCUUUCACAGCUCAGGCUGGGACUGGCGGGAACACACACCCAGCCGAUAUGACAGAGACUCACUGGGAUAUCGUCACACGGACCAACGCUCUUUGCAGUGGAUACAAGAUUCUGUACACCACGGAGAAGAAGACUGACGAAAUAGUCAAGAUCACACCAAACGAUUUAGAAAAGACAAUGUACACUGCCUUUCAGGUCACCGAAAGAUCUUUCUCCCCUCAUGAGAUCUCCUUUGCUCGACCUGACAAGGAGAAGGAUAUAAAGCUUCCACCCAGCAAAUACAGAAUUCCAAGAUUCCGUGUCGAAGACGACUCAAACGUGGACGUGUAUGAGACAAAGACCCAUUUAGAGUCAUCUAUGGCAGAAAGCUCUUUCUCGAAGUCCUCAAUCGAAGCAUCAGCUGGUGGUGGUGCCUUUGGCUUUUCACUUGGAGCCAGUAUGGGGUUUGCCAAAAGCGAUGAGGACAAGAAUGCACAGACAAGCACGAAAGAUGUUGCGACCAUGCAUAUUCGCUAUUACUUUCCGCGUGUGGUCAUUCAGCUUGAUGAGCUCUCACUUGAGUUAUCACAGGAAUGCAAAGACGAACUCGAUGUGGUGCUGACUACCGCCAAGUUUGAGAACCUGCAGCGCUUCUCUGAGAAGUUUGGGCACUUCUUCGCGACCCGUGUCCAGCUUGGCGGCACCCUGUUUUCCUCGGAGGCAUCAGCGGCAUUUGGUGACUCCUCUGAUUCGGAAAAAGCUAGCGCUAUGAAGGCCUCUGCGGCGCUGUCCUUCUCGUCACCGUACGCCCAAGCCUCCAUAAGCGCUAGUCGAGAGGAAAUCAAUGCAUCUGCCACGAGCAAUAAGGAGAGUAUGUUCGCAAAGUCCAUCAUUUGGCAAGCUAAGGGUGGUGACACUCUUCUUUGUAACAAUCCUCCGGCAUGGGCGCCCACCGUAGCCUCGUUUUAUAAUUGGCGCAUCAUCAAGCAAGAUAAAAUAGUUCCCUUGGUGGAUCUGAUCGGCAAGCUACCUGGUUAUUCCGAUGUACCCGUGGCAUUCGAGAAAAUUGCAAGCGGCGAACAUCCUGCAAUGACAACCAUACCACUUAAAUUCACCCUUCAGAAGGAAGGAAAGAGCGAUGAGUACCUGACCUUGGAAAAGACAGGAUGGUCGUCUUUGGAGCCCAUGAUCCUGGCUGGGCAUGUGAGCGACCUGCCUCAUUCGUCGAUCGAUUGGCUAUGCACAAACUAUAUGAAGAGAGAAGAAGAUCGCCCAGAUAUCAGAGUCGGCAAAAAUCCAUCUCCAGCAUCCCGCAUCUUCCAAGCCUCAGUUGCCGUGCCUGAGAAUGACAAGGAUAGCGUCAAAGAGCUCCAAUACAACACAAAAUACAAACUCUCCCACCACGCCACCGCCACCACGCUCGGCUCCCACCCUCCCCUGCCCCGCACAUUCAUCUUCGGCUCCGACAUGCUCGUCGACUUCGUCUUCCAGACACCCGGCGACGUCAAGAAGACCGGGUCUAUCAAGGACGGCGACACUGUCGAGCUUGCUGUGCACACCUUGAUUCCGUGUGGUCUGCUGAUGACGUCGCUGUCGACAUCUCCUGCGGCGCCCAAGGGGACGGAGAUCUUGGAGGCGAAGCCGUGGCAGUCAGACCAGAGGGACAGGUAUUUGAAGUUCGUGUUUCAGUAUGUGGCUUGAGGUGGCGACGUGUGUCUGAUGUGAGAUGGGGUAGGGGACAGGAAGCUGGCUUCGAGUUAUUAUAUCGCGAUCUUGCAAGUCUAAUGUUUUAUUGUAUUCUGUUCUUUGGAGUGAAUCUUCUUCCUCCUCGUCUUCCUCCUAAUCUGUGCCCUGCUCCCCGCAGGCUGUGAGCCUGUGAUGUGCUCCUUACCUCGUAUAGAUGAGGUUUUACGGGACACGUAAUCCGUCCCUGUUAUACCGUACCCGUAGAGUCUUCCCUUUGCGUCUGUACGGGGUGAAUAUGUAUAUACUUUACGUAAAGAUAUGCAGAUGAAAUCCAU